CAUCUUCUUCUACAGAAAAACCUAGAAAUAAUAAUAUUCUUCACCUUGUAGCUGAGUUUGGACAAAUCGAUUUCUUGAAAGGCGUCCUGAUCCACAUUCAAUCUCCACAGUUUUGGUCCACCAACAACAAAGGCAACACUCCCAUGCAUGUAGCUACUAGAGCAGGCCGUGAUGAAAUAGUAGGGUUGCUCAUUAAUCAAGCAAGUAAGCUAGGAGCAGAUAAGGACGGUGCGCUGGUCAAUGGCAAAGCGUAUAAAGAGUUACUUCGGACCAAAAAUUCAAUUGGCGAUACGGCACUACAUGUUGGUAUCAAACAAGGUGACCUCGAUGUGGUGAUCCUAUUGGUUGAAGCCGACUCCGGACUAUGUUGUUUAACUAAAAUCGCCAACGAGUCGCCAUUAUUCUUAGCUAUUUGCAAGGGGUUUGGAAGCAUAGCUCUAUACAUGUUAGACAAUUCGCCAACGUCUCCUUCCUUUGAAGGGAUUAAUGGUGUCAUGGCUUUACACGCCGCAGUUACUCACAUUAACUAUGACGGCAUUGUGCAGAUGAUGGUUUCCAAGAAUCCUGAAAUAAUCAAAGAAGUUGACGCCAACGGAUGGACUCCAUUACACUAUGCAGCAUUGAGAGGGAACGUUGGAGCAACCCUCCUCAUCCGCUCCUAGCUUCCUUGCUUGAGUAAUGAGCAACCCUACUAUUUCAUCAUAGCCUGCUCUAGCAGAUACAUGCAUGGGAGUGUCGCCUUUGUUGUUGGUGGCCCAAAACUCUGGAGAUUGACUGUGGAUCAGGACGCCUUUGAAGAAAUCGAUUUGUCCAAACUCAGCUGCAAGGGGACAUGCAAUCAAACAGGAAAUAACAAAUGAGUGCGGAGCUGAUGGGAUUAUAAGUUAUACCUACAUUUCGAGAAAUUAUAAGAACAUGCAAGAAAACAGAAAUUGUACAGGGAACAUGCAAGCUGAUGGGAUUAGAAGUUAUACCUGGACUUCGAGAUGUGGCUUCGAAUAUGUGCGCCCAGAGAUGAAGAAUGUAAGGAGCAGCUAGGGUUUGGUCUUGAGGAAGUAAUGGAAGGAUGGAGGCCCUGAUGUUUUUGGAUGAGAGAGAGCAGUCUCUCAAGUGAGUACGCGGAUCUAAGUUUCAGAAAUGAGGGAAUGAACUGAACAGCUUUUAGAUUCUCAAUGGGUUUUUCAGUUUUCACCCGUGUGGACAUUUGAACCCCACGUGUGUUAAAUCCUUUGUCUUUUCUUUUUA